AGCAGCGCUCCCUGCCUCUCCUGGCUCCUGGGAGGGUUAGGGGCUGGUCGGGCAGACGCGGGCCCUAUGGGGAACUGAGUUUCCCACAAGGGAGCGGACCUAGGAAGAGCCGAGGUGGUCUCGCACGGGGCUCGCCAGGGUCCAGCUCUAAGCCUGCUCCCCACUGGAAGGGGCCUGUGGAGCGUAGAGGGCUCUGGAAACGGGGUGGAGGCUCUGGGAGAACCCUCUUGUUGGCUCUCUCGGAGGUCCAGCCAGAAACUGCUGCAAGGUGUGGCAGCUUCCUCGGGGUUGAGAGGGAGCCAGGCUCCCAAAGGACCCCAGAGCCUGGGCAGAAAAGAACAGAAUCUCAGGGAUGACUGGCCCGCCCUGAUGAGAGUCAAGGAGGGGGGUGCCCAACCCCCUACACCCCUCUGAGCUUCCCUGUCCCAGCCCCGCCGGCCACGCCGCUACCCAUAAUCGGGGUGCCAGGACAAUGACUGCCUCGGCCCUGCCCUGGCGGGCUGAGAAGCGGUGUUUGGCCCCUUCCCUCAGUCUGGCAGGGGGCGGGGCCUCCCUUUACACAGCGGAUCAGAGAAGGGGGCCCCUGAUUCGUGGGAGGUGGGGCAUUACUGAGACCAGAGGUCGCCUCAGGUCAAAGUCCCUUUUACCACACAAAGGGGCCCCACAGCUGGCGUCUACGUUCGGGGGUGCAGAGCCAGAUCUGUGCUGCCCCCCGCCAACCUCGGAGUACCACAGCACCUCCUGAUGGCCGAGCGGGGCAACACCUCCUCCUGUUCCCCUCCCCGUCGCCUACCCCGUCCCUCAUACUGUCCCUUUAAGGGGCUGGCGUUGCCGCGGAGCGGGCGGGACUGUACCACCGGCCUCGUGCUGCAAGGGGGAACAUUUCAGGCUGACUGGCGCUUGUCACUGAGACUCCCGCAGAAAGCCCUGCUCAGAGGGUCCUUAGGAUCCCAGAUGGGCGGCAAGUUCCUCUGCAGAGGAGCUGGGGCUCUUCGAGCCCGAAACGCGGCACUGGCACCGAAAAAGGCGGAACACACCUUCCCGCCCCGGCCGCACGUCCAGUCCCGGGCCCACCUACACCCUGGAGUCUUAAAGGGCCCGCGGGCCUGGGGGCGGAACCAGCAGGGGCGCUGAGCCGGGGCCGCGCCUGGGCGAACGGCCGGAGCGGGCUGAGCUGGGCCCGGGAUGGCGGUGGCCCUGGCGCGGGUCCCGGUCGCGCCCCGCGCGAGUUCCUGAGCUGGUGCCAGGCAGGUGACACUUCCUGCAGCCCCCAGCAUGCGGACAGGCCCAGGCCCCGCCGUCACACUGGCCCUGGUGCUGGCGGUGGCAUGGGCCAUGGAGCUCAAGCCCACAGCACCACCCAUCUUCACGGGCCGCCCCUUUGUGGUGGCAUGGGACGUGCCCACACAGGACUGUGGCCCACGCCUCAAGGUGCCACUGGACCUGAAUGCCUUUGACGUGCAGGCCUCACCUAAUGAAGGUUUUGUGAACCAGAAUAUCACCAUCUUCUACCGCGACCGUCUAGGCCUGUAUCCACGCUUCGAUUCUGCGGGAAGAUCUGUGCAUGGUGGUGUGCCACAGAAUGGCAGCCUCUGGGCACACCUGGAAAUGCUGCGGGAUCAUGUGGAGCAUUACAUUCGGACACCAGAGCCUGCGGGGCUGGCGGUUAUUGACUGGGAAGACUGGCGGCCUGUGUGGGUGCGCAACUGGCAGGACAAAGAUGUGUACCGCCGGUCAUCACGCCAGCUGGUGGCCAGUCGUCACCCUGACUGGCAAGCAGACCGCGUAGUCAAGCAGGCACAAUAUGAGUUUGAGUGUGCAGCACGGCAGUUCAUGCUGGAGACACUGCGUUAUGUCAAGGCAGUGCGGCCCCGGCAUCUCUGGGGCUUCUACCUCUUUCCUGACUGCUACAAUCAUGAUUAUGUGCAGAACCGGGAGAGCUACACAGGCCGCUGCCCUGAUGUUGAGGUGGCCCGCAACGACCAGCUGGCCUGGCUGUGGGCUAACAGCACGGCCCUCUUCCCGUCUGUCUACCUGGACGAGACACUCGCUUCCUCCGCCCAUGGCCGCAACUUUGUGAGCUUCCGUGUUCAGGAGGCCCUUCGUGUGGCUCACACCCACCAUGCCAACAACCAUGCACUCCCAGUCUACGUCUUCACACGGCCCACCUAUAGCCGCAGGCUCAGGGGGCUGAGUGAGAUGGACCUCAUCUCUACCAUUGGCGAGAGUGCAGCCCUGGGCGCAGCUGGUGUCAUCCUCUGGGGCGACGCAGGGUACACUACAAGCACGGUUGCCCUCGAUCAAUCCCAUGCCAUGGCAGCCCACCUGCUUCCCAUCUGCGCCCUCUUCAUGGCCUUAUUCGAUAUGGCCCAAGGCUCCAGGGACCCCUUGGUACCCAACCGGCCCUUCACCACCGUCUGGAACGCAAACACCCAGUGGUGCCUGGACAGGCACGGUGUGGACGUGGAUGUCAGUGUCUUCGAUGUGGUAGCCAACCCAGGGCAGACCUUCCGAGGCCCUGACAUGACAAUUUUCUACAGCUCCCAGCUGGGUACCUACCCCUACUACACACCCACUGGGGAGCCUGUGUUUGGUGGUCUGCCCCAGAAUGCCAGCCUGAUUGCCCACCUGGCCCGCACAUUCCAGGACAUCUUGGCUGCCAUGCCUACUUCUGACUUCUCAGGGCUGGCGGUCAUCGACUGGGAGGCAUGGCGCCCACGCUGGGCCUUCAACUGGGACACCAAGGACAUUUACCGGCAGCGCUCACGGGCACUGGUACAGGCGCAGCAUCCUGAGUGGCCAGCUUCUCAAGUGGAGGCAGUAGCCCAGGACCAGUUCCAGGGAGCUGCACGGGCCUGGAUGGCAGGCACCCUCCAGCUGGGGCGGGCACUUCGCCCUCGAGGCCUCUGGGGCUUCUAUGGCUUCCCUGAAUGCUACAACUAUGACUUUCUAAGCCCCAACUACACAGGCGAGUGCCCAGCAGGUAUCCGUGCCCAAAAUGACCAGCUAGGGUGGCUGUGGGGCCAGAGCCGUGCCCUCUACCCCAGCAUCUACAUGCCUGCAGUGCUGGAGGGCACAGGGAAGUCACAAAUGUAUGUGCGUCACCGUGUGGGUGAGGCAUUCCGUGUGGCUGUGGCUGCCAGGGCCCCCAAUCUGCCAGUGCUGCCCUAUGUCCAGAUCUUCUAUGACAUGACAAACCACUUUCUACCCCUGGAUGAGCUGGAGCACAGCCUGGGGGAGAGUGCAGCCCAAGGGGCAGCCGGAGUGGUGCUCUGGGUGAGCUGGGAAAAUACGAGAACCAAGGAAUCAUGUCAGGCCAUCAAGGAGUAUGUGGACACUACACUGGGACCCUUCAUCCUGAACGUGACCAAUGGGGCCCUUCUCUGCAGUCAUGCCCUGUGCUCCGGUCAUGGCCGCUGUGUCCGCCGCCCCGGCCACCCCAAAGCCCUCCUCAUCCUUAACCCUGCCAGUUUCUCCAUCCAGCUCAAGCCUGGUGGUGGGCCCCUGAGCCUGCAGGGUGCCCUCUCACUUGAAGAUCGGGCACAGAUGGCUGUGGAGUUCAAAUGUCGAUGCUACCCUGGCUGGCAGGGAGCAUGGUGUGGGCAGAAGAGCAUGUGGUGAUUGGCCACACAUUGGGAUGCACACAUUGAGAACCUAAUGCACUCUGGGUCUGUCCAGGGCUUUCUCAAAUACAGGCACAGUCACAAGUCAUGGUCACAGUGAGGAGUACACUCAGCCACUGUCAUGAGCAUAUGCCUUGCACACACAUGCAUACUUACAGACUGGAAUAGUGGCAUAAGGAGUUAGAACCACAGCAGACAUCAUCCAUUCCAUGUCAAUAUGCAUCUAUUGGCAGGGUGAGAGACAAUUCCUCCAGAGACACUGAGCCAGUCUUUGAGCUGCAGCAGUCACGAAGGCUCACAUUCACUGACCGCCUACUCUGCCAAUCCCCGUGCUAAGCAUUUUAUGUUGACUUAUUCUUUCCUCACAAUGAGGCUAUGAGGAAACCGAGGCACUCACAGUGAGGGUAAGCACUUUGCCAAGGUUGCACAGCAAGGCUGUCUGGCUCCAGGGGUACAGCCCUGGCACUCCUACUGAGUGUAUGGUAACCAGCCCUGCACGACCCCUGAAUCUGCUGAGAGGCAGCAGCCCAGCAAAUAAAGCAGUCAUGAUUUACUUAGCUGUUUAUUGAGCGCCUAAAAUGUCCAGGCCCCGGUAUCCAAAGGGCACAGGAAAGGCUUGUCACUCUCACCAGAUCUGACGUCAGUCUAAGGGCGGCUGCUUCCCAGGGUAGGCCCAAAUUUCAGGAGGAAGCCCCACCUGAUCUAACCAUUUCCAACCUGUCCUGGGGCAGGAGGCCGGCGGGAACUAGGGCAGGGCUGGCGGAGGAAAAGCCAGCUGGAGGUGGCGCCUGCGCCUCGUUGAGGGGGUGACCCGCAGGGCCUGGGUGAAGCCAAAUCGAGGUGGGACCUAACCUGUGACGCAAUGAGGAGGCGGGGCCUGUAUGGGGCCGGGCGGGGAGGAGGCGGAGUCAACUGGAGAUGGGGUGGGGCUCAGCAAGGGCGGAGCCAGAGCAGAGACUGAGUCUGCGCCUGCUGAGUGUUGUGACGCGCAAACGAGGGGAGGGGCCUAAGCGGCUGCGCGCGGGUGCAUUGGCGCGCCGCGGAUAGCGACGGCUGCCGUACAGCCGCCGCACCACUGGGGGCCAGCGCUUUCGGACUUAGGAGUCCGAGCCGCCGACUGAGUCAGAUACCCAGCCGUGCGGAGCUAGGACGCGGAACAUCCCGGAGGCCGCAUCAACAUCCUGCCACCUGCCUACCACCAGGCCUUUGUCCGACAUCGCCUGGAGGAGGCCUUCCGUGUGGCCCUUGUUGGGCACCAACAUCCCCUGCCUGUCUUGGCCUAUGUCCGCCUUACACACCGGAGAUCUAGGCGGUUCCUGUCCCAGGAUGACCUUGUGCAGACCAUUGGUGUGAGCGCAGCACUAGGGGCAGCCGGCGUGGUGCUCUGGGGGGACCUGAGCCUCUCCAGCUCUGAGGAGGAGUGCUGGCAUCUCCAUGACUACCUGGUGGACACCUUGGGCCCCUAUGUGAUCAAUGUGACCAGGGCAGCAAUGGCCUGCAGUCACCAGCAGUGCCAUGGCCACGGGCGCUGUGCCUGGCGAGAUCCAGGACAGAUGGAAGCAUUUCUACACCUGUGGCCAGACGGAAGCCUUGGAGGUUGGAAGUCCUUCAGCUGCCACUGUUACUGGGGCUGGGCUGGCCCUACCUGCCGGGAGCCCAGGCCUGGGCCUAAAGAAGCAGUAUAAAGCCAGGGCCCCUGCCACUGCCUCUUCUUUCCCUGCUGCCACUUUUCCAGUCCAGGAGCUACUGUGUCCCACUCUUGCUCUAUUCAGCUUACCAACCCUCCCAAAAGCACACACUCCACUUCCCUUGGAAUCCCUGAGGCAUGGAAGGGGCCAGAAAAAAGGCUUAUAAAACUAGAGGCCUUCUGAGAUCACGUGACUCCUCCAUGGCAGGGAAGCAGUUCCAGGGAGAGUCACGUUCCAGCUAGUUAGGGGUGCCAGCCCAGGGCUUUGUACCUACAACUUACUAGACCCAUGGAGAGGUCACAGGAGAUGGGCCAUGCGCGGGCAGAUGGGCCCCAAAAAAUCUUGGCUAAGGUCUGUUAAGUGCUAAGCUGUUGUCUGUACUCUUUCAUCAUAAAAUCACUUUUUCUUCCACUG